AUGUAUCCAGGACUAGCAACCUGCAAGGGACAACGUGACAGAAUGGUUGCUAAGGUUAUUAGGGAUACCAGCCCGUUGCACCAAGUACCAAGUAUAAGAACGCCAACACCAAUUCAGAAUGGUUGUAUAACUCAAAUCCUCUCUGGUCACGACUGUAUAGGAGCAGCUAAAACUGGUUCUGGAAAAACCUUUGCUUUUGCCCUUCCUAUAUUGCAAACCUUGGCUGAAGACCCAUAUGGAAUAUUUGCUUUGGUUCUCACACCUACACACGAGCUCGCAUAUCAGAUUGGUGAUCAAUUUAGUAUACUUGGACAGCCCUUGAAGCUCCGAGUUUGUAUAGUCACUGGUGGAUCAGACCAACUGGAAGAAUCACUGAAGCUUGCCAAGCGCCCACACAUAGUUGUCGCUAUGCCUGGUCGGUUGGCAGACCAUAUCAGUGGCUGUGACACCUUUUCUUUGAAGAAGAUUAAAUAUUUAGUAUUGGAUGAGGCUGAUAGAUUGUUCAGUGAAUCAUUUCAAGAGGAUUUAGAAACUAUCUUUAACGCUUUGCCACAGAAGAGGCAAAAUCUUCUCUUUUCUGCUACAAUCACAUCUGAUGUGAGAGAAUCAAAAAUACUGCCUUUGAAUAAAGAGAAAUUAUUGAUAUGGACGGAACAAGACGAGCAGUUGACAGUAUCAACUCUAGACCAGCGCUACGUAGUGUGUCCUGCCUACGCUAGAGACGUGUAUCUCGUACAGACGCUAAGAAAGUACAGGGAAACAAAACCCAGCUCGCACGUUAUUGUCUUCACUGAUACUAAAAAAGAAUGUCAAGUACUUUCAAUGAUGAUGAACGCAAUAGGUAUGGACAAUGUAUGCCUACAUGGAUUUAUGAGGCAGAAGGAACGCGUUGCCGCUUUAACGCAGUUCAGAAGUAAUCUAAAAUGUACAUUAGUCGCUACUAAUGUGGCUGCAAGAGGUCUGGAUAUCCCUACUGUUGACUUGGUUGUCAAUCAUAAGUUGCCCUUAGAACCAAAGGAGUAUAUUCAUAGAGUGGGCCGUACAGCACGGGCUGGAAGAAGCGGAAUGGCAAUAUCGCUCAUUACACCUUAUGACAUACUGCGAUUAGGCGAAAUAGAGGAUCAAAUUAAGACUAAACUCAGCGAGUAUAAGAUUGAUGAUGAUGAAGCAGUUAAAGUAUUUACAACAGUAAGCGUCACACGUAGAGAACAGGAAGCUCAGUUGGAUAAUGAAGAAUUUGAACAGCGUAAGAAGAACUAUCGGAUUAAGAGAUGGAUACAAGCAGGAGCUGACCCUGAGAUGAUGGAGGAGGGGCUGGAAGAAAUGCGUCGAAAACGAAUAAAAGCCGCAAAGAAAGCAAAAUUAGCCAAGAUACAACAAAUACAAUCCCAAAUAAAAACUCAAAAUCAGGCAGUGCAAAACGAUAAUCGCGUCAAAGAGACAGAGGCACAAGAUAUCGAUGCGUCAAUCAAAGAUAAUUUGAAGAAAGUAAACAAAAGUUUGAUGAAAAAAGACGACAGGUUCAAAGAUGUGAUAGGAAAGAUAAGUAAGAUUAAAAGAAAGGCUGAUAAUGCCAAACAAAAAGAGGAAAACAAAGAAAAGGUUGUAGGUAAAAAGAAAGGUAAAGUCAGUGGAUAA